GGCCGCCGCCGCCCUUAACAACCUCAAAGCCCGCCUCCCUCCUUCUGUUUGAGAGCCGGCCUUCCAAUAGCCGGCCCCGUGUGCGCCGGAGGUGGGGAGUGGCGUGCGAGGGCGCCAAUGGGAGAAGAGACAGGCGGUUGCUAAGGAGUAGGCGGGGCGGUGGGGAGCCGACGGGAGGGGGGCCGCGAGGAGAGAGUAUGAUGAUGUGUGUGGCGGCGGCGGCAUCUCGAUAGGAGUCGGUGGCAGGGCAGUGGCUGGCGGGAGUGUCCAGGCUGGGCCCAUGCAGGCUUCUCUGUUUCCUAUCGGAGUCAGUCUAAACUUUCAGGCCAUCUCUGACUUGGACAACAGAACUUAAACCCUAGAAAAUCCCCGCAUUUCCUGUAUUUAAGAAUAAGUGGCACACCGCAAAGAUUUCAAGAUGGAUGCCAUAAUGGAAACCCCUGAGCUGCCGGCAGUGUUUGACGGGGUGAAGUUGGCUGCUGUGGCUGCUGUUCUCUACAUUAUUGUUCGCUGCCUGAAUCUGAAGAGCCCGACGGCCCCUCCUGAGCUCCUCUAUCAAGACACUCCUCUGUCCCGCUUCCUACUUAAGUCAUGCCCUCUUCUGACCAAAGAAUAUAUUCCACCUCUUAUCUGGGGGAAGAGCGGACACAUCCAAACUGCCCUUUAUGGGAAGAUGGGAAGAGUAAGAUCGCCACAUCCUUAUGGACUUCGCAAGUACCUCACAAUGUCAGAUGGAGCAACUGCAACUUUUGACCUCUUUGAACCACUUUCUGAACACUGCACUGGAGAAGAUAUCACAAUGGUCAUCUGCCCUGGAAUAGCCAAUCACAGCGAGAAGCAAUACAUCCGCACCUUUGUUGACUAUGCCCAGAAGAACGGUUACCGGUGCUCUGUGCUAAACCACCUAGGAGCCCUCCCAAACAUUGAGCUGACCUCGCCACGCAUGUUCACUUACGGUUGCACUUGGGAAUAUGGAGCCAUGGUGAAUUACAUCAAGAAAACAUAUCCCCAGUCCCAGCUGGUCGUGGUGGGCUUCAGCCUGGGUGGAAACAUAGUGUGCAAAUACCUUGGGGAGAACCAGGCUAACCAGGAGGGUGUCUUGUGCUGUGUCAGCGUGUGUCAAGGCUACAGUGCCCUGAGGGCCCAGGAAACCUUCAUGCAGUGGGAUCAGUGUCGGAGAUUUUACAACUUCCUCAUGGCAGACAACAUGAAGAAAAUCAUCUUGUCUCACAGACAAGCAUUGUUUGAUGAGACCCCUAAGAAGCUCCAGUGUUUAUUGGAUUCAGACUUGAGCAGACUACAUACAGCAACAUCCCUCAUGCAGAUUGAUGACAACAUCAUGAGGAAAUUUCAUGGCUAUGGCUCCUUAAAGGAAUACUAUGAACAAGAGAGCUGCCUGCAUUUCCUGCACAGGAUCUUUGUUCCAUUGCUUCUGGUUAACGCUGCUGAUGACCCUUUGGUGCAUGAUAGUCUCUUAUCAAUCCCAAGAGCCCUUUCAGAAAAGCGGGAGAACGUCAUGUUUGUUUUGCCACUGCAUGGAGGUCACCUGGGCUUCUUUGAGGGGGCAGUCCUCGUCCCUGAGCCCCUCACCUGGAUGGAUAAGCUUGUGGUGCAGUACGCCAAUGCCAUCUGCCAGUGGGAGAGGAACAAAUCUCAGUGCUCCGAUACAGAACAAUCGUCAUCUGGCCAAGAAUAAACAGUCCCAAAGACUUUUCACCUUCUCCCUGUCUUCUGGAACAAUUUACUUCUUCCCCCUGCUUCUCCAGGCCUAAACGUGUUGAACCUGGGGAUUUGACCACAAUGUCUCAUGCCAAAGCAGAGGUACAACCGAGGGGGCCAGUGCCUGGUGUUGCGCAACCUUGAGUAUGUCUGAAUGUGCACAAGGUGCCCCUUUGCGCUUCAAGAACCAUGUUGGCGGGUUGCUGCCUGUUGCUGGCUUCCAGGUUCUGAAACCAGUGCAGCAACAGAACAUCUUCUGAAUGAAGAUAUUCCAGGUCUCUGGACCACGUCCUCGUGCUUUCACUGAUCAGAAAAACUCUUCUGGCUUUGCAGAACAUGUCUGACUGUCGGUGAUGUGAGUUGGGAGUUCCGUUCUCUUUGUGGUUGCAUUCUUCCCCAUCCCCAGCAUAGGGAGAAGUUUAUAUCAAUCCGUAGAAAAAACCAGCAGUUCACUUUUGCAAGUCCUCAACAUGGCUGCCCACCAAGUGAGGGACAAGAUGUCGGAAUUCCGACCUUCCAGAAUUCUGUCCCUUCACGAGGGGGAGAGGGAUCUUUCCCUUUCUAAUUAGUCGCCUUGUGAUACUUGCCUUUUCUAACGUAAGGAAUUUCAUUUUGACGUCUUGUGUGUGCUCUUAACCCUGGCCUUUUAAAUAUGGUCUCUGAAUCAAAGCCAGUUACUAUCAGCCUGUGAGUAGUUUGGGAUUUUUCCUUUAGAGGACUUCAUAGUGAAUCUAUAUAUAUGCUCUUAGGAACUGUGUGUGAGGGAUGGGGAAAAUACAAUGUCCAUAUGCUUUUCAUGAAAUUCAUUUUUAACCUCUUCCAUCCCUUGCCAGGAUGUCACUUCAAAAAAAUUAACCUAACUUUUAAAGCCUUGAAUGGCUGUUUCAGCUGCCAUGACUUUACUUGCCUUGGAGGAGUUGGAGACUGUCUAAAACCCUGGAUUUCUAAGAAACAAAACUGCUGUAUUGUUAAAAGCUUCUAUAGUUACUGGGGUCCAGUAGGACAACUUUAGACCUCCAAAGGGGCAUUCGGAUGCUUUUCACUGUAAAUCUUUCAGCAUAGGACAGCAACAGAAAAUUGACAAGCAUUGUUUUAGGGUGAGCAAGAUGGAGGAGAUACAGUCUCUUUGCUACCACACAGCAGAACCAGAUCGCCUCAAAUUUGAAAACAAAAACCCUUAUCAAGACAGUGGGACUCAGUGGUCAGUCUCUGUUUCAUUUCCCCUUCCUUUCCCUUCAGUACUGUUGGCUCCCCGUUCCAGCCUUGCAGUCUCUUUCACCUCUGUUCUUAUAGCAGAGUUCUCACAUCACAAAUGUCCAUAUUGGUUAAGGUUGCAUUUCAAUGUUUUCCUUUCCUUCUAGGCACUUUAAUUGUGGGGUAGGUUUGUUUUUACACAGUGGGUCUACUUUUACAUGACUCGGAAACCUUUUUUUUAAAAAACGCAAAUUCUCUGCCAUGCGUUUUUCCAGACCAGUCUCUGAAAUUCAGAGGGGUGUUCAUUGGUGGGAUUUUCUUUUUUAAUUGAGCAAUAAUAGCUUCAGUUGCAAAGGUGUAUGUUCUCAUGUCAGGAAUCAAACUCCUUCAGUUUGCCUUAGUCCAACAAACUUUGGCCUGUUCCCCAAACCAUCUGACUCCACCACUGUCUUUCUAGUGAAGAAAUUCAAGUUCUGUCCCUCAGAUAGAAGGAAGGCCUGACCAAGCCAAAGGAUAGCAAGAUGUGGCCGGCGUGCUUCUGCCUCUUAAAGCAAACCAGCAGAAGCAGGCUUCUUACGUUGUUCCUCAGUCUAUUCCAUGCCAUUCUUUGGUGUUGCACACAUAAGUAACCCCAACUCAACAUUCAGGGCACUAAACCUUUGUACAGCUGCAACAAUCAUUCCAGAAGAGGCUCUCUCUCAUGCUUGAGCAGGAGAAGAGGAAGGUAUUUAAAUGUAAGCUGCUAUAGUGUAUGAAAUGGGAGGGAAUGUGACUUUUUGGUCUUGCAGUGGGUUUAAACAUUGAAAGGCAAGCUAUAUGAAAGUGUGGCCUUUCUCUUCCGAUUAAGCCCACAUAUAAAUGUAAUCUCCUACAUAUUAAGCCUGUUCUCAUGACCAGUGGCUGGGUAGGAGAAGUGUCCAGCCAGGCUCCAAGCCUCAUCCACACUCCCAAGAAACGGUCGUGCCUAGGGGUAGGGAGAUAGGAAAGUGUGUGCCUGCUAGCCGCAAUCUGAGUAGCAUGCGCGGGGUGUGCUUUUCUUUCACCCUCAACACAGUGCCGGGUAAGCGAUGUCAGUCAGCCACGCCAUCCCUGCCCAGGUUGGGGCUACCACCUAAUCACUUUCCUGUCAUCCUGCCUCGAUUUUUGCCAACACACGCAGGUCUGGGAUCCCGACUGGUCAUGAGAACAGGCCCAUUAGUUUGCCUUCUUUGAGCCCGCAGCCUUUCUGCCAAAGUUGGCAUAACACCAGAUAGGAAGUGGAGGUCUUAAGAGGAAGGUUUCCUGGGAAGAGCAACUUUGUCUCUCCAGUACCAGUUGCUUUGGUGAGCAGUUGUUGUAUGACUUCCUUGAGCACGCAAGAAAUAAUGUCUCUUCCUGGAUCGGAGCUUCUUUUUUGUUGUUGUUGUUGCAUUCAAAGCGAGCAAGUGAACGGCAGUCUGACUGAAACGGCUGGUUCCCUUGCAAAUCCAAGCUUCCCCUCCCGCAGCAGAAGGUGGGUCUCUGGGUGUCACUUGCUGUUGGGGGGACCGCAGCUGCAGACUGGGUUUUUGUGUGUGAAUGAGAAAAGGGGCUGAGGCCCACUUUUGGAUAGCACUUCAGUGUUCAUAUUCAGGCAUUCUUGAGCUUCUCUACUCAGGGAUUACAUUGCAUUGCACCUACAGUGCAGCCUUUUCAAGGAAGAAACUGGUUUUGAAUUAGGGUGAAUGUGCACUGCUCCGUCAAACUGCCCCCCCCUUUUUUAUUCCUGGCUCCAUGAAGUGCAACCUUUUUGCACCUUUCCCAAGUGGAGCUGUUUAGGGAGAGUCCAAACGUCGUCGUCAUGGCUAGUCAGAGGUGUGUGUAUCAUGUCACAAACUUUUUUCCAGUGAAGUCAGGAUGUUAGGCGUCCUCAAACUAUAACUGCACUUGGACUGUCUUCAGUUCCACAUGGGAAGCAGGACGAAUAAGUAACUUAGUAGUAUUUGGAAACAAACCAGCAAGGAAGCUACGGGCACUUUAAAACAAAAAGCAAAAAAACAGUAAAUCAGACUUCUGUUAGCACUUUUGUUUGGGGAAACGACAUCAGUUGACAUGUUGUUUUUUGCUUUGUGCAGUCAGAAUCAUUCUCGGGAAGGGUUUAUGUCACAUCUGCCAUGUGGAGGCCACUUUCAAUCCUCCCCCCCCCCAUCCCUGGGUCUCCAUGGAAGUAUUUGUUUUCUUUUAAAAAACAAACUCCUUUCCUUUGGGGAAGCCCUGGAUAUAUCCCUGUUGUAAAAAUCGAUACAUCCUUAUCGUCCAGGGAUUAUCUCCCAGUAUAAAUGCAGAUAAAGCGAAGUGGUUUCCUUUGAAAUGCAUCCUCUCGAGGUAAGCGCCACUGAUUGCUGGCCAGGUUUGUGUACAGAACAGAGCUGCUAGGAUUUUAUCAUAGGAAAAUCUCUUUUCAUGAAGACUUGGCAAGUUCUAUUAGUAGUCAUAGCAGCAACAGUAAUAGCCAAGGUGUGGGUGGGGAGCUGUGUUGAGAGACACCUCCAGCCCUCCUUCCACAAACCUCAUAGCCAACUGCUGGGUGCUGUGCAUUGGUCUUAACGGCACACCAGGUGCAUUUAAUGCAGAUGGUCUAAACUGGGGCAGAAGGCAAGGUUUGUUUUUUUCAUUGGCCGCGGUCCUGAAAGCGCAAGGUCUCCACUGAAAUUGAGGGCAACAUGCAAUGCUGCUGGAGUUGGUCGUGUCUGUCCACUCUGCUCGCGCGCACACAAACACACACCCAUUCUAUUGCCCCAUUUACACACAUUCCCGCCUGGAAUUAUGUCCAUUAAGUCCGCUUUUUGCCUUGAGGGGCCUUUGGCGUGGUCGCAUGGCAAAGUGAGAGGGAAUAAUCUGCGUGGAAUGGGGGGAAACAAAUUCUGUUUUUAUUGAACUGUACUGUAUCUCAUUUAAGCAUCUGGUGUUCGGUUCUUUUUGCUGGUUACAUCAAAGGGCACAACCAUGAAAGGGCAGCAUUAACUAAGCCAGGGCCGAGACUGGCACCCCUCAUUUUAUAUACCUUUUGUUUUAUGUUUGCAACCAGAGGAGAGCAACCUAUUUCCUGUGUGCAGGAAACUUCCCUUUAGCUCCUCAGUGUGCUGAGACCAUCCAUUCCUGAAAUGGGGCUUUUAUCAUUUGGCAUAAUAACUAUUCUUAUUUUGCUGUAAGUGGCAGCCUCUCGGCUUGGGUAAACAGCCUUACCAGCCGGAGGCGAAAUUUUCCAUAUCAGUGGCUAGUAAAAUCAUCGCUUAUUGAGCACCAGUGUGUAUUCGAGUGGCUACCGUGAACUGGGAAUCCUAAGAACUGAAUCUGCUGUCAAGGUUUAUCAGUCUAAUGUUCAAUACACACGAGUCUGUGCCCUCCCAGGCGGGUUCUAUUGCAGCUGCCUUGAACUAUUUUGUGUUCAGUGAGGAAUCCAUAGAUUGGUUCUUGGGUAGUCUUUCUCCCGAUUUAAGGAAGCACAACUUUAAAGAGAAACUCCCUUUUUCUCCUGAACAUACUCAAGCAGAGGGAUCUCCCAAUACCUCAGGAAGCUAGACCUAUACCUGUGCACUCUUUGAUUUUUGUCACUGCAGCUGCCUUAUCAGAGUGAGUUGAGUGUGGGUUCUUGGUGUUUUGUUUUUAACUUGUCUCUUGAACUCCAUUUUUUUUUCCUCUUCUUCUUCAAUUUUUGCUUCCAAAUAGACAUCUUGGAAACCAUCACUUCCACAUUCCUAAUUCCUUUGGAUAUAAAAAUGCUGCCCUGAAAAGGUUUCAUGUGUACAAGUGACUCUCGUAGCUGCCGGUUCUUUAUCAAGCUCUCAGGAGCCGGUCACUAUUGGGAUGAAGGUUUGCAACUAGCAAUGCAAUUUUUCUAAAUCUGCUGAUGUUUAAAAAGUUCUACAAGUGUGUCCUUGAUCUUUUUUUUUUUAAUUUGUGUGUGUGUGUGUUCUUCUGUGUGUGAUAAACAGAAGUCAUUGCGAAACAGAGUAAUUUUGUUAUCUUUUGAUUCAAUGGAAUUUCUUUGCUUAUAAAAUAAAGAACAAAUUAAGUUCAGAA